AUGGAGCAGCCACAAGCACAAACACAGGCGCUGCCGGGCGACCUUAACUGGCGCCUCAGCUCCCAUCCACUCACGCUGUUAUUCUUUCUCGGAUUCAGAAUAGGUAGUUUGCUCAUGUACCUAUUCGGAGUGCUGUUCAUCAAAAACUUCAUCCUCGUCUUCAUUAUCACGCUCCUCCUCCUCUCCGCCGAUUUCUAUUACCUGAAGAACAUCGCAGGCCGUCGACUGGUGGGAUUACGAUGGUGGAAUGAAGUCAAUGUGCAGACAGGCGAAUCACACUGGGUCUUUGAGAGCUCUGACCCAAAUACCCGCGUCAUCAGCGCUACGGAUAAGCGGUUUUUCUGGCUGGGCCUUUACAGCACUCCUGCAUUAUGGAUUGGGUUGGCAGUCCUUGCGAUUGUACGACUACAAAGCGUGAUCUGGUUGAGUCUUGUCGCUAUUGCUCUUGUUUUAACCAUCACCAACACCCUAGCGUUCUCAAGAUGUGAUCGAUUCAGUCAGGCUUCGUCGUUCGCCACGAAUGCGCUCUCUGGCGGUAUUGCUGGGAAUUUUGCUAGUGGCAUGUUUGGAAGACUAUUUAGAUGA